UAGUCCCACCGUCCUCACCACAAUCCUUCCCCCAGCAAUCACCACCCGUACAACCCACACCGUCAACCCUCCCUCGUCGCCGUCAGAUUGCCUUGAACUCACCACCCAACAAAAAAAGCUCUAACCCCGUUUGAAAGAGAACGAUAAAACAAGAUGGCGGGCAGGCUGAACGAUAAUGAGGUCGCGCAGGAAAUGAACAAGAUGGUCGCGUUCAUCAAGCAAGAAGCCCUUGAAAAGGCUCGGGAGUUGAAAGUCAAAGCCGACGAGGAGUUUAACAUCGAGAAGGCCAAGAUCGUCCGUCAGGAGACAGUCGCUAUCGAAGCUUUUUACCAAAAGAAGCACAAGCAGGCCGAAGUUCAGCGCAAAAUCGCCCAAUCGAAUCAUAUCAACAAAUGUCGUCUGAGAGUCCUGCAAGCCAGACAACAGGUGCUGAACGAGCUUCUCUCCGACGCGAAAUCACAACUCACUAGCAUCAGCAACGACCGGAGCAAGUACGAGCAGCUGCUCCACGAUCUCCUCUUGCAGGGCUUCUACAAACUAAUGGAAAAAGACCUACAAAUCUCCUGCCGCCAAAAAGACGCCGACAUCGUGCGCUCCGCCAUCAAGGCCGCCGCAGACACAUACAAGCAGAAAAUCGGAGGGCAGGUCAACGCCGUUAUUGAUGAGAGCGCCUGGCUGCCCGAAUCAGGCGCGGGAGGUGUGGUUGUGAAUGCCCAGGAAGGGAGGAUUAGGGUGUCGAACACGCUCGAGUCGAGGUUGGACUUGCUUUCUGAGCAUAUGCUACCCGACAUCCGGAUCUUGCUCUUCGGACCUUCGCUUACCCGCAAGUUCUACAACUGAGGAGGGAAUGAAGGGAGGAUGAAUUGUUGAACCCGGUUCUCGGAUCCUACCGAACUUGUGCUAUAUACUAGUCGUCCCGCCGCUUUUGACAGAAUGAAACUCUGUCUUUUUGCCGACUCCCUGGCUUUGCUCUGUUUCCUCUGCUUUUCCGAGCUCGGCUUGUGUGAAAUCGUGGGGGAGAAA